GCAUGGCCCUUUCUUCCUCUUUCCCAACCCCACACCCUAUAAAUUUACAAAUAAUUUCCGGCAUGAAAUCCAAGGAAAGGAACUGUUGUUCAUCCUCAUCUUCCUAAACAAAACUAUCACACUCGCUCUUUCUCUCACUCUAUAUCUAUAUCCCUAUAUCUCUGCAUAUAUAGAGUGAGAAAGACAGGCAAGAAAAAAGCAGUACAAGUACACUAAAAUCAGAAUAAAGAAACCCAAAAUACCCAAAUGGAUCUUGCCAACUCUUAUAAUACUACAAGAAGCAGGGUCAUCUUCCACUAUAAAAUCUGUCAUCACUAUUCUUCCUUUUCAUCUGCAUCAUCAUCAUCACCAUUAUUGGCUUCCUUGUCAUUGGGAACUUCGUUUUGUAAUUUAAUGGCAUCAUCGUCACGUAGCCCUUUAUCUUUUCCUUCUUGUAACUCUAGUUAUACUCAUUUUUCUGCUGAAAUUCGCAGUUAAAUUGAUACAUUUCGAAUAUUUUCUUGGUUUUCUUUCGCUUACUUCUUGUAAAGUUCAAUCUUUUCAAUUGUUCUUGAAGAAAGAAUGUUGCUUGCAUCACUGCCAGGGCUCUGUCAUCAACCCCAGAUGACCAGUUCUUCACUGUGUGGGCCUACUCUCAGUCUCAGUGAAUUGGAGAAGAAAUUGUGCAUAUGGCAAUAUGGAUUUAUUCUGUAUUACCAUAUUCAGGUAUGGUGAUGACAAACCCCAUAAGAUGACAAAUCUGGUGCAAAACAAGAGGAAAUCGACUGCAACCAUUGCCACCGUGAAAACCCAUGAUUUUUCUCCUCCCAAAUCCUACCAGGAGGUUAUUAUUUCUGCAAGGGAAAGAUUUAAGCAAGAAAUAUCUUUUCGGUCCAAGGACAAAGAUAUAUCCCUUGCUAAGACUUUGAUGUACAUUUCUGCAGAAGACGAGGCAUUCAUGGCUUUUAAUCGUGAAAUGGAUGCUCAAUCCUUCCAAAAUGAAAGAAAAGAUACGAAUGUGUCAUCUGAUGUCCAAAACUGGGACAACAUUGAAGCUAUGCCUAUAGCAGGAAAGAAAAUAGACGAGUGGUUAUCAGAGUUGGACACCAUAGCCAAAGAAGUUGAAGUUGAACUAAUUUCAAGAGACAUAGGCUGCCAUUUUGUUGAAGUUUUAGAGGCAGUGAACAAAGUUCUCUUUGAAUCUAAAGGUUUCAGAAGAUCACCUGUUGUCGAUUCAAAAUGCUCAUACUUGCAUUCUGUUUUAAGCUCUAAAUGUGGCAGUGCGAUUUUACUUAGUGUAAUAUACAUGGAGAUUUGUCAAAGACUUAAUUUGACUAUUGUUGGGUCACGGGUUGGUGAAGACUUUUUAAUUUGGCCCGAAACCCGAAACCCAGAGGAGCUUUUUAAGGUCAAUUCGGGACACAGUUUAUUUGGGAUUGUUAAUGGGCGGUGUGUGGAGGACCCGAAAUCAAUGGCUUCUGACUUAACUUGCAAUUCACUUCUCGGUCUUGAUAUUGCUACAAAUCGGGAUAUUAUUGGGAUUUAUCUUGCUAAUUUGAUUCGACUUCAUUGGAAACGUGCAUCAAGAACAAACCAUGGGUUAAUGCUGACAUCAGCACUGAGGCCCGUUCAUGAUGAUAAGGAGAAAUGGAGCAAGACUGAUAGAUCAAGUAUGCCUUUAUUGCGCCCUCAAGAUCUUAGGUUGGCAAUCAUGGCAUCAGAAAAACUGCUGAUAUUGCAACCACAUAAUUGGGCGUUGAGGAGGGAUCAUGGCAUGAUGUUGUAUUAUAGCAGGGAUUAUGGGAAAGCGGUUCAAGAGCUAAGUAUUUGCAUGGCUUUUGCACCCGAGGAAGAGGCUCAAGUGUUGGAACCAUUUGUGGAGAAGUUGCAUUUGUUGCAACUCGAGUCCUCGUGGAAAUCUCUAGGACAUAAAGGGAGACUGAAGGUUCCAUAAAAUAAGUUUAUCUGCUUGUAUAAAUUCGUUCACGAUCUAAUUUUGUAAAAUGUUUAGCUUGAAUGAUAUUGCCCCUUUAGCCUUUUUUUUCAACUUAUGAAUUGUAAGGUGUUGGGUGUGGUGUGGUAUAGUGUAAUAUUAAACUUAGGGGUAUCUGCAUUAUGGAUUUUUAUAUCAGAAAUGUAAGAUAUAUGUGAAUGCUAAGAUUGCAUAUCAAAACAAGCAUUUAUGUA